CCUUUCCUGUCUUUACUCUUUCCAUAUACCUAAUCAGUAGUAGUCAUACCACAUACACACUGACACAUCACAACAUCCUACGAAACAGCUUCGACGUGACCAGAAAGAAAACGAAAAACAUUCACCCCAACAAGGAUCUCUUACUCUCACACCGCUUUUCAACAACUUGACCACAACAUCCCCCGUUCUUGUUACACUGCAUCAUGCUCAUUGACUUUUUCCCUCUUUCGACAUAGUGAAUCUUCCGACUGGCUCUCACAUUUCCCCUAUCGUUCCUUUUCGACCUUUCGACAGUUGUCCAAGUCCCUCUACUUCGACCGUCCGAAGCACCAUCCAUCAUGCGGAGAAAAUUACCACUCAUUCCCUUCCAUCUCCUCUCCUUACCCCUUGCCAUGGCAGCCACCUCCGCCCCAUCAACCCUACCCCAGGUCGAUUUCUCUCGUAUGGGGACCGUUGGUCUCAGUGGUGCAUUCGAUGGACUGGACUGGUGGUCAUCUUCUUCCCCUUUCGCUUCUUCCUCAUCCUCAUCUUCUUCCAUUUCUUUUUCAACCACCGGCGACACGCUCUUCACUACUUCCAGUGACGGAACAUAUCAACCAUUAGGAAGCACAAAUCCGGGAGGUGUCAUCAAUGCCGUCUGUUGGGCAAACUCAUCCUCCAACGGUACAUUGUAUAUAGGAGGAUCCUUCACAUCCAUAUCUUCCACAACUUCCGCCAACAUCAUCACUUAUGACCUAUCCUCUUCUUCCUUUCACAUCAUAUCUCCCGGAUUAUCAGGUCCCGUCCAGUCACUCUAUUGCGACAAUGCUCAUGGACAAGUGUGGGUUGGCGGAGAAUUCACAGGUCCAUCGGGAGGAGGGAACAAUGUCGCUUUAUGGUCUACCGGAUCGUCAACUUGGACAGCUGUCCCUUUUCAGGGUUUGAAUGGUGCAGUCGAAAGCAUACAACCCAGUGCCAACGGUUCAAGUAUCUAUUUCGGCGGCGCGUUCACAACCACUUUCCAAUCGAAUACCACAACAAAUUCCACAACCAAUACAACUUCGAUACAAUCGGCUCCGAAUGGAACAUGGACCACUGGUAAUUCUGGAUACCUAACUCCUGUCACUAUGCCCGCUGUGUCGUCUUCAGCCGGUGGACUCACAAUCACUGCUGGUCCCUCGACCGACCAAUCGCAGUAUUCCGAUCCUACCGUCUUGCUGUGCCCCGGCUCAGGUACUUGGUUGGCUCAGGACAACACAAUUUCCAAUGUUGAUGUCCUUGGGAAUAGUUACUGGCGGGCGUCAGGGGUUCGACUUACCAACGCCCUUAUCCAAAAUCGAGGCGCAACUGGCUUCUGCGUGACUGCUUUACCCGACAAUGUUCAGCUCAAUAUGACGUACACUGAUCCCGUGACCGGCCAGACAAAUACAUGUUGGGAUCAUUGUCCUCUGUAUACCAACUCGUCCAUCUCAGGUCAAGAUUUCCUCUUCACCGCCGGAGUGCAAAACAUGACAGGUCUUCAGAUGCAGCUUAAAACGUGGAUCGGAGAUGGAGCGGGACUAAGCAGCGUUCAGGUGUUAUCGGAUGCAGGAGCGUUCGCCUCUGCCGCGACUGCCGGAAAUACCGGUUCAUGCUCCACUCAAAAGUCAUCCGACGUUCAGACGACGGGCAAUUGGUCGACUGAAAGCGUCGUGACCAACAUUCCUGCCACGACCGCGUACUACCUCUCCACUACCGUCGCCGUGGGAGAUUCUGACCGUCCUUCCGUCACUUUCUACCCUUACAUCUCCGCCGCUGGUUACUACGACGUUUACAUGCUCAUCCCGGGAUGUACCAACACUGAACAUUGUGAAGGUCGGACAUCCGUCGACAUCGAAGUCUUCCCUAUGGCCAAUGGUCUCGGAUGGACUAGCACGAUAUCAGAGCAAGUCACUGAUGACGCUAAAGCUCUAGUGUACUCAGGUUGGAUGGAUGCGACGAGUUCUAGCUUUAAUCCAACUGUCAUCCUCGCUCUCGCAGCAAGUCCCGAUGCUCCCAGUAGCGGCAGCACGUAUUAUAUCGUCGCGGAGGCUGUGGAGUUGCGACUCACGGGUGUCAGCGGGGCCAACGGGACUACUCUGGCAGGGGGCACUACUUCUGGGAGCCCUACGGUCAGCUCGAGCAUGAAUACGACACAAAUGACCGGUUCAUCGAUACAAGUGGCAUUUGGGGUAUACGAAUACGUCCGUACCACAUCCACCUUGAACGCAGCAUCUUCACUAUCCAACACUACCGAAACGGCGUUGACUCAACUCGGCUUCGGUUUGAUUGCCGCCAAGAACGCGUCCACCUCGAGCACCUCAUUCACCGUCAACACAUUCGUCACGUCCGAUACGAUGAUAUAUGUUGGAGGGGAAUUUUCAGCUUCAUCCAACUACUCGAAUGUCAUCUCUGUUGAUACGACUACGGGCAAAGCGACUGAGCUCGCAUCGCAAGGUCUGAACGGACCGGUGUACACCUCGGCAAUCAUCGGCGGCUACAUCUUCUUCGGGGGUGACUUCACCUCCACCGUCACAGGCGGAGUGACCUUGAACAAUUUAGCUCGAUACGAUCCGAAAGCACAAGCUUGGGCUGCAAUUGGCGGAGGUGUGAAUGGAGUGGUCACUACGUUACUUCCAUCUCCCACCAGUUCCUCUCAGUUGAUAGUGGUAGGAAACUUUUCUCAAGUGACUGCAGGCGAUGGCUCGGUGUCACAGACGGGAGGAUACGCCACUUGGGACACUUCUUCUUCCUCUUGGUCUAACUCGGGUGUGAUUUUCGGCAAUCUCACCACCAUCGGUAGCUCGUCAAACCAAAUCUACCUGGCUGGGAAGGUCUCUGGAUAUACACAAAAUGGGGCAAACGGUAUCGCCACAUUGUCCACCGAUUCAGAUGGUUCGGCUCAAAUAUCUUCACUUCCCGGCGCUACCUUCUCCACGACAGGCUCUGCGUCCAGUCCGUCAACUCGGCGAAGAUCAUUUUCGGAAUCCGUUCGACGUUCCGUCACGGCUCAGCUGCAAGCGCUUGAGGCUCGAUUGACCGGCCAAACCUCCCACCUACUCACUUCACGAGCUUCGACGGCGCCCACCAUUGCUCAAUCCCCAGCUGUCGCUCCCGCCGUUCUCAGUGGUACUUUCUGGACCAACUCGUCUGCUUCUGGUAAACCCACGGUUUACAUCCUCGGCGGCAACUUCUCAUCGACCACCUCAUCUCCCGUCAAAGGUGUGGGAUUCUACUCAGACGACCAGCUUUCCGGCCCUUCACCUCCUGUCAGUGGACUCGUCCAGGCUGUCGACGUGGUCAAUAACGUCUUGUAUGUUGGCGGGAACGGAGUCUCGGUUUCUGGUGCCGGCUCUACCAUUCUUGCCUAUGACCUUCAGAAGGGACAAUGGUCGCCCAACUCUAUCCCUUCUUUGAAUCCUGCUUCUGGAGGAAACGUCUCGGUCAAUGCUAUCAGUCAACGAUUGAAAACCAACACGGUGGUGGCUGCUGGACAAUUCGCAACCGCCGGAUCCCUCAAUUGCGCUGCCGUGUGUUUAUGGGAUAUCGGAAGUGGACGAUGGAACACUCCUGGGACUGGUCUACAAUCUGGCGAAGUCAAAUCGAUCGAUUUUGUCGGUAAUCAACUGGAGAUUUUGGUUGUGGGAGGAUCAUUCGUCAUGUCUACUGGGACUGUCGCUUAUGCCGCUACGUAUUCAUUCGACAAUUCCACAUGGACCACUCUUGAUGGACUACCAGGACCUGUUUUAGCCAUAGCCUCCGAUGAUCGAAACGGAAGUAAUAUUUUUGCUUCUGGUUAUUCCACUUCCGACUCUACUCCUUAUUUACAAAGGUGGGACGGAUCAUCCUGGACGUCUCAAAAUUCUACACUCUUACCUGGAAGUAUCGUUCAACAACUAGCUUUCGUCCCUAUGACCUCUGAACAUUCAGGACAAGGUAGCAUUGAAAAAGAUCGAAUGUUGAUGAUUUCCGGUUCUCUCAUCUUACAAAAUCAAGGCAACGUCAGUUCCGCUUUAUUCGACGGGACCAAUUGGUAUCCCUAUCUAAUAGGAACUACAAGUACUGGAUCAUUAGGAAGUAUCUCUAAAUUAUUUUGGUCAUCCGAUUCUUUUUCUUUCAACAUCCAUCAUUAUCUAUCUAGGGGUUUAGUGGUACUCGUCGCUAUCGCAAUAGCUACAGGUCUUAUUCUACUUCUUAUAUUACUUUACGUAUUAGAUACUCAAGUAUACGAAAAACGUUACUUGAAUCGAAAUGAACCUGAAGCUGUCAGAGUCAAUAAAGAAGCUUUACAACCAUAUUGGGAUAAUACACCAAAUUCAAGUAAUGUCGAUCAACUUCCACAAUCGAAAAAUAAUCAAGUUGGAAUGGCAGGUUAUAUGGCAAGUGUUCAUGCUGCUUUAAGAGCUUCUUUAGGAGUUAGAGAAGUUCAACAUGAUGAUAUGACCGGUAUGAUAGAAGAUCGUAGAAGAUCAGAUGAAGAUGGUGAUAGUGAAGAAAGUGAAGAUUGGAGAGAAACUACAAUGAGAUAUGAUUUUGAAGCGGAUGGUAAUCAUCCUGGAGAAUUGAGUAUGAAACAAGGACAAAGGGUUGAGAUUAAUGAGAGGUUAGAUAGUAGUGAAUGGUGGUAUGCUAGGGAUCCACAUACGGGUAAAGAAGGAAUAGUACCUCAAUCGUAUGGUGAGUUUUUACUUUUACUCUCGUUUCCCUUUCUACCAAGACACUCCUGA